AUGAUCGAUGCUGCAAUUCGAGUCGGCGUCAAACGCUUUAUCCCAACCGAAUAUGGCAACAACACUUGUUCUGCGGCCAGUGAUCUGUGUCCACUGUACUCUGACAAGGCAAAAACAGCGGCUUAUUUGAAGGCCAGGGAGGAAACUGGGCUCACUUGGACGGCCAUCCACACAGGGCAAUUCUUUGAUUGGGGCCUCAAGGAUGGCUGGCUCGACUAUGACCUCCAAAACAGAAAAGCUGUCAUUUACGACUCGGGCAAUAAACUCUGGUCGACCACCAAUAUUGGAACUGCUGCCGCAGCCGUCGUCAAGGUAUUGCAAAAACCUGAGGAGACAAUCAAUCGAAGUGUACAUGUUGCCUCUUUUACUGUCUCACAGCUCCAAGUUCUAGAUGCCUUAGAGCAAGCCACUGGAUGCAAAUGGAAGACUGAACAUAUGACCUCGAAAGAGGCUUUGGAUAAGGCAGCUGAGCUGGGUACCGAAGACCACUCCGAAGGGCUUAAACUGCUUGUGCUCAUGCUUCUGUAUGCAGAGGAUGCGGACCGAGGAGCCAAUUUCACCACGGAUGGGCUGCUAGAUAAUAAGAUUUUGAGUUGCCAGAAGAAACGUUGA